AUGAGGGAGGAAUACCUGCAAAGUGGCCACGGAAACAGAAUCCAGACAUUGCCGUCCAACAAUGCGAGCAUCGACAAUACAGUAAACCUGUCAGCACCCACGCCAGGUCCAGCAAUGGCUUCGAGAACGAAGAAUGGGGGAGAUGGAUACGGUCAGGGCAAACGAAAACAACGAUCAAUGCGUCUGAACACCAGGACAGCUCUCUUGUCAAUUCUCGCGACUGUACCAGCUGCGAUGGCCGAGAACUGCAUAUCGCUCACCGGGUCGACCCAAUGUCCAGGCUUCAGCUCUUCGUCGAUAUCCACCGACAGCACUCUGGUCGGCCUUUUCCCCUUUCUGCAAUACGUUUCGAGCACUGCGACGUUUGACGAACAAUUGCGCUCGUAUGUCUCUACAAGCUACGUGCAACAGAAGUACCAAACACUUCUUGGCUGUGGAAAUCUCGAUUUGACCAACACCACAAACCUUUAUGCACGCUUCACAACCACCGUAAUAUGUAAUUCAAUAAUUCAAAAUUCCAAGACACCAUGUGCACUAUCAACAGCAGAUUCGCGGCCAGUCUGCGCUGCUACAUGUGCCGAUCAAGCCGAGAGCGAGGCUAUGAUCAUUGCCAACAGCGCGCUCUGCUCAAACCCCAACAGCAACUCGGAUUCUCAAAUUAGAGCUGAUUUUACAAAUUGCGCACUGCCAGCCAACUCUUUGAGCGGUACCUGCAUAGACGGGUCUGUAAAUGAGGAUCAGAACUGUGGCUUCGGGAACAGUACGGUUGGCUUAUGUCAAUAUUGUGGUGCGGGAGGACAGAACAGUACAGACACGUGCUGUUAUAAUUCCAAUGCCGAAAAAAGGUGUGCCGGAGUUGUGCUGCCAACGAUUACUGCUUUCGUGACAUUCGCCACGUCGUCUCCCACUGCCUCUCCCACUGCCUCUCCCACUUCUUCAACUUCCGCAUCAGCUUCAAGUACGGCCGCUGCAUCUAGUUCGAAGAAGGGGCUGUCUGGAGGCGCUAUUGCUGGUAUUGUUGUGGGGUCUAUUGUUGGGGCCGCGCUCAUUGCAGCGUUCGCUGUUCUUCUGUUACUCUGCUUGCGUCGCAGACGUGGAAGCCAGAAUGGAAGUGUUUUCAACCAACCAUCGCCUGCCAGGAAAGGUCAAAGCAGCAUGGCAUACAACGGAGUGGGCACGACAACAACCCCCGAAGGCUACGAAGUACUUCCAGGAGGACGAAUUGCGCGAAUGUCGGCUCUAGAGGGUCACUCAGGUGACUCGCCUCCUCGAAAUGAAGGCAGUGCUGCCAGGAAUGCCGCCGCUGCUGGUGCAAUGGGUGGAUAUGCAGCUAGACGUACCCGAAAACAUGACCAGUCGUCUUCGGAUGAAUAUAGUCCGGAGUCGAUUAAUCAACGCGGCAUUCUACGACCUCCUCCAACAGCACAGCGACGUGCAGGGUCUCUUUCGAGUAAUUCAGCUCUUGGAUUCGACGACCCGCAAUCACCAAAUUCAGGAAGUGGUGGUGAUUUGUCAUCACCACAAGCAGCCGCUAGCCAGCAAUCCGAACAGUUACCCUUCUUCAAAGACUACUAUUCGUCUGAGGAGAUCCACCCAGGAGACAAAGUUGCCACACUCUGGGCCUACCAACCUCGAGCGGGUGACGAGUUCGCUUUAGAGCGUGGUGACAUGCUCAAAGUAGUGGGUAUCUGGGAUGAUGGUUGGGCAACCGGAGUUUUAACCGACGAGCGCGCGGAAGACUGGGAUGCUAAAAGAAAUGUUCAACGAGACAGCGGAGUCUCGAACACAUCUGGUCGAAGAGACGAAUCGCCAGCUGUUAGUGGUGAAAUCAAGGCAUUUCCACUUGUAUGUGUAUGCAUGCCAGACCACUGGAGGAAGACUAUCGAGGGCGAUGGCUCGACUGAAACUGGUUCCAGUUUGCCUCAAGCAUGA